CCUGCCCGUGAGCAAUCUCCCAACUCAUCUCUGGAAUCUCAAGCUUCUUGCGUCAGGCGCAGCGAUGUCAAAAAUGUAGCCUUGUUCGGCUUAAAAUCAAUGUUCGCGGGCAAGCGAGUAACCCAAGAUUUCAUGUAAAUUGCAAGAAGAAGAACUCGAAAGCGUGUUUAGUCUCCGGUACUGGGCCCAAAUUAUUGGGCCGAAAUACAACACACGAAGAAUAAGAAGAAAGCGUGUUUCUUGUGGACACGAGUCGAGUGCCCGUCAUGGAGUCUACCAUCGUACACCUUGAAGAGAGUGUGCAGAAAGCAGACGGUAAACUUGAUGUACUAGCUUGGCAAAUAGAUGCCGUCGAAAAGGAACUUCAAGACUCGGACAAGGUAUCAGUGCUUAAACUGUUGCACUCGGUCACUCAAGUUAAAAAGGAGUAUCAAAUGCUGCAACAGGAUAUCUCAGAGGUUCAGCAGUUGCAGAAACAGCUUUCCGAUUCAUUGAGGGCGCAACUUUCUCAAGUGCAGGGUCAUUUUAAUAUCCUCCGUGAAAAGAUUACAGGGCAGAAAUCCCCUCCGCUUAAAUAAAAGUUGCAGGACUGAGUAUGAAAUUCAUUUCUUCUCUGGUCAGAGACGACUAAUUUAAUUAUUGUUUGUUAAAAUUGGUGGUGUGGCAUUUCCAAGAAAUUCAGUGCAAUAUCGGUUACACAUCUGCAUCGAUUCAUUAGAGAAUAACACCAAGCAUGUUCUGACACAAUUUAAGUAUCUUUCUUCACUGAUAACUUUACACGCUCUUUACAUUGAAUGUGUAGAAACAUUAAAAUAAUUAGUGAAUCCAGAUUCAUGGUAUAAGGAAAAUAAAAAAGUCUUGUCAACGAGUAACCCAUGCUGUAUAGACGGUGCUGGGGCCAAUAGAGUCAUCUAAUUACAUAGAUUCACUUUUGAAUGCAAAGUUAGAGAUCUCGCUAUAUCGUAUUUAGCUAACCGAACCUGUUUAAAAUGGCAACUUGCCCUCGAGUAUUCGAUAAGAAAAAUGAAACCACACUUGCAAUGUUCCUCUCGACGUCAUUCGACGAUGAGAAUUAUUUCCUCGUCAAUUAAAAAAUUGUUUUAAACAUCAGAAGUCAUUGAAAAUUUUUAAAUAAGUCACGACCAAUGAGUACUUUGUUAACUGUAGUACAAUGUACCUAUCGUGCUACUAUGUACCAAACGACACACCAUGUAUACGCACCGUAAACUGUACGUAUCUAUCAAGAUCGUCGAUGUAUUUGUUUUCAUCGUGACCUCUAGAAAAUGCAGAAAAUGCAAAUAGUUAAGCCAAUCUCUAAAACAUAGCCAUGAUUAAAUCAUUGCCGUUUUUAGCUUCCCUUUACAAGUGUUUACAAGUAUCGGGUUAUUACCCAGAAUUAGUGCGUAGCCAACUAAGAAUAUUGUGAAAGUAUACACUGCACCUUUCGACGAGUUUUACACAUUUCUAGAGAUGUGCGUUUUUUAGGAUCGAACUUAACAUUGACAAAUUGUUAACUCAUCGCUGGCUCCUGUCCCCUCAAAAAUAUGAACGAUCCACCAACUAGCAGAGUGGGACACGAGCCAUCGAUCGGUAGAGUUACCUUUGCGACAAGAGUAUUAAAGUAUGUGCACUAUUACUGUUAAUCGAUGUGUAAUCGGACGAUGUCAAUUCUUCUGUAAGUGCAUUCUUAGUUACCACUCUGUGUCGCGCCGACGUUCGAUCGAGCGUUAUUUUUGCAUGCGUUUACAGAUAUUCCUUGCGUUCUCGAUCGGUCGUCGUUAACUUAAUGAGAAAAAUGGUCUGGAACACAUUCAAAGCGUGCCAAAAUUGCGGUCAGUUAGUAGUCCUCUCGGUUCGUCUCCACCGAGUGCGUAGGAACAUUUUUUAUUAAUUUAUUUACCGUAUACAUAUCAUGGGUUACCUAUUUUCUAACCUAAAAUAGGAACCGCGUCAUCCUUGAGACUAUUUCGAUUUUCUCUACGCCGAGCGUGAAUAUUUUUUUUUUUCUUUUCGUAAUCAUUAAUUUAUUAAUAGUGAUACUCAAUUACCCCAUAAUCGAGCCAUGCCAAGAAAAAGGACUGCUUUAAUUCCGAGUUAGUAAGAGCCGACAUAACUACUUCUUAACGGGUACCUUUCUACACGGUUUUGCGGAACCGUCUACCACUCGAUUCUACCGCUUAUACAAUUAACGAAUCGAUAAAAAUAAAGAAAAAAAAAAACAAAUGUAAGGGGCAUUAUAAGCGCGAUUAUCGCGAUUGUAACGAGGAAAAACGGAGGUGCAUCUCUUUCGGGGAUUGACCCUGUGCCUGGAAAUGAACUGUAAUCUCCGUACAGAGUAAAGAAAUUAAU